AGACUAGGCCUACCAACUGCUUUCGAAGGUCGAGGAACAAGCAGAAGACAUAAAGUUGAUUGGUUCUCUAUUUCAAUUCCCAUCGUAAAUGAAUCCCAAUUGAAAUGUGCUAAUUCGUCUAUUGCCCAAAAGAUUAACAUGGCAUCCUUUCUAGUUUUGACCUUUUUAGUUAUCUACAUCAGAGAGUAUGAAACAUAAUAGAUUUCCUUCGCUGUUCCGUCCAUAGAUCUAUUAACGGAAAAGCCUCUAUCCUGCCGUUGCCUUAACACAAUCAAAAUCAAAGUUUUUCCUCCAUAAAACACGAGUACCCUAAAAGAACCCAAGCACUGCCUUACAACUCUCAUCGGAGUGCCAGACAACAAACGUUCCACGAGCGUGGAAAGCAAGCAGGCAAGCGUUUUGGAACCACUUUUCACUCAGUUUGAGGCUGGUCCUUGUUGGCAAAGGUCGAUCAUUCCUUGGCUGGGUCCAUGAGCGAGGGAAUAGCGACAACCGGGUUCUGAAAAAGACAACAGUUUUCGACAGAAAAUCCGCUUUCAAGAUGGUCGUGUCUCAAAAACAAAAGCCCUCGAUCAUGGAUCCUAGCCAGAUGUCGAAUGGCAAUUCCAAUGGUGACAUGGAACUUCAAAUGGCUGCCAUGCAAAAAAUGCUUGCUGAGCAAGCCGAGAAAAUGCGCCUUCAACAAGAAGCCUUGGAACGCGAACGACAAGAACGGCAAAGGGAUCAGGCCGAGAUGGAAAAGGAACGCCAACGAAUGGAUUCCGGAUCUCGAAUGACCUCCAAUGGGGAUGACGAUUCAGUUUCGAGUGAGCUUGAAAUAUUGCGAAAGCAAUUGGCCGCUCGAGAGCAAGAAUUGAAGACCAAGGAUGAUCAGCUCAAGGAGCGAGACGAACGAUUGUCGUUGAUGAGUCAAAGAUCCAAUAGUGAGAUGUCAGAUGAAGCGUAUUAUUCCAACACUUCAUCAAAGACGCCAACCACACCCACUGUCGGGAGAACCAAUCUGAUACGUACUAUGACACUGCUUACUAUCGGAAUCCAUUGGUGAUGAUGUGCUGGCUAACUUCGCUGGCCGGGCGAGAUCCACCCCUGCGACCCUAUCACCCCAAAUGCUAAAAAAAUUAGAAAAAGGAUAGCAAGAAAAACUGUUAAAAAAGUUAGUUAGCCCUCUUUUGGGCCAAAAAUCUUAUGUUCCAUAUUUUGUCACCCCGCUAUGCUUUUGGGUGGUUACAAAAAUUCUGCCAGGCUCAAUUUUUUGUUGGUGCGAAGCUCAUAGUUUUUUUCGCAAAAAGAGGUAUUUAUGGGUAUGAUCUUGACUAUCAACAACGCAAGGGAAACCAAAGACCAUUGUAGGAAAUUCUAUUUCAUGACUCUCUCAGACCCGCGAGUGCGGAAAAAAAGUUUCCAGGUCCUAGUAAAGAGAAAAUAUACUUUUAUGCGUAGAUUUGUUUUUUUUUUCUUCCAAUUUUUUCCUCACAUUUUGGUUGAGUUCGAAUGAAAAUUUCAUGACGUGAAUUUUUUGAUCUGUUUCUACAUCACACGGAAAAUCUUUCUUUUUUAAUUUACUAUGCCAAAAAAUGCUGAGGAAAACGAAGUGUAUGAACCGAAACUGAAGCCCAUUAUUUUUCGAACAAAAGUAGUGAAACUUCAAUUUUUAACGCCUUUUUGUUACCGAUUCUUGCUUUCGGUUUUGGAGUUCAUAAUCAAAUCCGAAACAGACAACAAUUGUCAUGAUCAUGAGUAAGAA